CGCCGAUUAUAUAGAGACCUUAGCAGGAAUCAACAGCAGUUCCUUGGGAGAAGCCAAGACAGCUCUGUGGUGACAGGAAUCCUGCAAUGCUUUCGUUAUUGGUGUUGGUGGUUGUGGCAGGCCAUGCCUUUGCAGCAAACAACACCCAUCACCACAACCACCACGCGCACAUCCAUGCAACAACAACCCCGCCUCCCCCAACCCUUGAUCCACUAUCGGACAAGGCUAGAAUACAGAAACUGGAGCAGGAGUUGGAGUCUCUUACUAGACAGGUAAUGCUGCAGCAGCUGUUUGUUGAAGAACGCAUCAGAUCCGAUGGCGACUCUGGAGUUAAACAACUGCGCCAUAACCACGAUGGCACCGCUCCCUACUUCUCAGAGUCUUUUUCCGGUAGGUCAAUCAAUUCGAUCCACGACCAUUCCAACUAUGACCGAACCGUUGGUAUGGGUGAGGUAAUUGUCGUGAUGAACGGAGUCGAAUUCCGCACACGGCACAACGACUACAAACUGAAAAUGCCGAGCAAAACUAGCAGUCAAUACCACGCUAUACAGGACAUCCCUUUCCCUUCGGUACCCCCAUCAGUAUUACACAAACAUACCGUUGCUGAACAAAUAGCAGAGAUGAAGGAGUACUUCAAGGCGUUCCAUUACCAAAACCACCAGCAUAGAGAUUAUAGACCAUACUUCAAACCAAACCUUUGCUACAUGGAAGGUGCAUGGACAACCGACACCAAGGACUUGAACGAACCUUUCCAAAGCGAUCGUCACUCGAUUGAUGCUUCCAGCUGGUUCGAUCUGCAAGAAAAGAUCCGCUACACGUCCUAUUCUGGAUCAAAACACAAUCUUGAAAAUUUCUCCUACCUUCCGUCUACCAUCAUCAACGUGAUAAACGGAACUGCAGAGUAUGCUCAAUGGAACUACAGAAUCAUUUGCCACCCCUUAGAAAAUGAUUUGCCACUAGCUACUCUUACACCUGUUGAUGAUAUAUCAUCCAGACUGGCACAUAACUUUGACAUGAAGAAAUUCGCCAACAGCCGAGCUGCUCGCUUCAAACUAGCCGCCAGUACUAGAGAUGGACAUUACGACUUUGAUCUUGGAUAUGGUACUUUUAGAGAUAGAGCAUAUAAUUUGGGUCUCCUAGAUCAAAUCAUGAUGCAAAUUCCUGGCAAGAACAACUAUGGUGCUGUACUUAACGAUCACUCUUUCAACAUGACGGUCUUUGACGCCAGAGAUAAGAUCAAUAAUACUGCUCUCAACACCGCCUAUUACCAUCGCUACUUCAAAUACGACAGCAAAGGGGCGAUGGGAACAAAGACCAUUCAUCGAGGUUACGCCGAUCAAAACUUAUUUGUCGCUCAAACAUCACAACCAAAAAUUGCAAAAAUCCAAAUUGAUGAUUGCCAUACCCAAAGACAUGUAAAAUCUUGUCAUCAUUACUCGGCUCAGUAUUCCUACGCUAUUCCCUUGGAGAUCGUUUACAUGACGCCUCUUUACAGCUGGAACCCGUACAAUUUACAUUACUACGGACAUGCUAGCAACCAGAACACCGCCAUCAUCACUGAACAUUUAAAGAGGAAUGGCCAACUCACGCCCGAUAAAGCGUUCAAUGGUACCAACAGCAAGUUCUUUUACAAGACACCAGCAGAGUUCUUCAGGGCUGCUAAGCCGGGUGAGACAGACCGCGCGGAUACGGACAAAGGAGCGGUUGGAGUUCUGGACAGACAUGGUGUUGUCCGAAAGGUUGUUGCAUCCGGCACUCACAUAACUCUUCCGGAAAUUGAAGGAAUAGGGAAAUUAAGGAUGAGGUAUCCCAUUGUUCCGGUACAUAUGGAGGGUAGUGCUGAAGGAAAAGAAAUAGCCGCCGUCAUCGAAAUGGUCAAUCACAUGUCCAAAUAUUCGUCAUAUUUUGUUGAACCACCAACCGCUACAUCUUCCGCUCACACAAGUCUCCCCGAUGGUCACUUCGCCACGUCAUACACACACAAAGACCCUCCAGGCUAUCAUCGACACGAGAUAUACAUAUCCCACGACGAGAUGAGUAGUCUAGCCUCCGGUAACAUCGUAUCUGUAUUCACGUCCACUGACCAGGGACAUGAGCAUACCAUUGAUAUGGGGUACAACAGCACAUCCGGCCAGUAUUACAUCCAGGCAUGUGAUGGACUUCCACACUGUUGGGACGGACACGGCAAUCAAAUCUUUAAAAUCGACUAGAUUGCCACUCACUGGGCAAUUCCAAAUUUGUUGUACGGUAUCAGUUUCAAUAAAUGUCAUUCUCUUGAAA